AUGAGUGGUCCUCUGGCCAAUGAUUUGGUUCAAACUCAGUCCUCAAAAUCCACUCCGCCCAAGGCAUAUCCCAACUACUCCACCAAAAGCAACAUCACCAGCAGCAACACCACCACCAUUGCAUCUUCACGUGCAGACAACCAAAGUUUGCAACCGCUUCCACCACGAUCAGCUUCGGAUCGAGAGAUCCUCAACUCUUUGAAACAUAGCUUCAAAGUAGACAGUGGUCAAUAUAAGCAUUAUGAACACCAGGCGCUGAUGAGUUCGCAUUCAAUUCAAGAUCUCAUCGACAACAGCGACAAUGAAACUAAUGGCGCUGCCAUGGCUGGGUCAGCCAGGGGUUUGAUCAACCAGAAGUUGUCGGAGCUAUUAGAUGUGCCAUUGCAAGAGACCAAGGAGUUGCCAUGGCCGUACAAUACGGAAAACUUGGGGGAUUUGAUCAAAUUGCAGACGGAAAAGGAGAAAACGAGACAAUGGGAAAUGAAAAUGGAUUUGGGUGCAAAGACCACUGAACUAUUGCAGUUGGCUAAGGAGUUGGGAGUCGACCCCGAUUUGAUUCCCCUUAUAUUCUUGUCGGAGUCAGUCAGCUCGGAACAUGUUUCUGGCCAAAUUAUUAAACUCAAAGCCAAACCAGAAGAGUUUGUUGCUCAAUUAUCGGAACGAUCUCAUAAAUUUCACCACCAGCACCACCAUACUUCCGACUCCCACAACAUCAAGAGAAAACAUGCGGACACGUUGCUUCCUUCCUUUUCCGAAACCACUCAAAGCAUACAAGCCAACGGCUCGCUCGUGUCGCCCUUGAGGUCGCCCGAUAAGCUGCCCGUACUUGCCCAUAGGCGGAUUGUUUCAGAUGGUAGUGAUUCGAGUGCCGGUUCAAUUUUGAAGACCUUUGUACGGGAAAGAAGCUCAGUUGAUGAAGCCGGGACAACAACAGCAACAGCAACAGCACAUGCACCUCCAAACGUGAGUCAGGCCAAUGCAAUGCAGAAGUUGGACGCUCAGAAAAACCAAGGGUCGCCCGUUCACCUCAGGCUGCUGCAACAUCUGCCCAUUUUGUCAUUUCCCUCGCAUCUAGUCACAUCCACUCAAUAUCCUUCCUACUAUCCCAUUCCUCAAGCUAUACCCCAGCCACCUCCCGUGCCUCAAACUCAGCAUUUACCACAGCCUACACCAAGCUCGCAUCUUCAUCGCAAGUCCAGUGCUUUGGAGUUGGAGUCACCCUAUUCUCGUAAGCGAGCAUUGUCAUACCAACCAAUCUACCCUGCCGCCACCACAAAUCCCACCACCACCGCAUCCACAUCCUCGUCCCAAAAGCAGCAGCCUUCGUUGUAUGCAUCGUCGUCACCACCCGCAACUGCAAAUGCAACUGCAACUACAAAUAUCCACAGCUAUGCUGCUCCCGGGACACACCGAUUCAACUCUGUUCCAGCAACCACGCCAGCACAGCAAGCGGGCCCCAUCUUUGCAUCAGUGUCGCACUCUCCGCAGCCGUACGCACCACCACAAGCACUACCACCGGCACCAUACCCACCCGCUUCAUCAUCGUCGCAAAAGCACAAGCCUCAAGUGCCACAGGUCCCGUCGCAUCAUUUCGAAGUUCCCGACUCCUCAAAGAGUGUCUUCAAAUUAGAGAGAGACCUCAGUCCACCAACCAAAAAACCCAAGAAUGGCAAGGGCACGGCAAACAUCAACUUCAUGAUCACGACUCCGAAAAACCCCCCAGCUCGAAAAUACAACAUUCCGUCAAAGGAGAAAUAA